AUGAAGGCAACAAAAGUUGUUCUCCUGGCUGCUUCAUUUGGAUUAGCACAAUGCGCUGAUUGGGUUAACUUCAAGUCGGUGAAGUAUCUUUUUGUCUUUGGUGAUUCUUACUCCACAGUUGGUUUUCGGAGCACCUCUCCUGUUCCGAACCCAACCAAUCCUAUUGGGCUCAAGUAUCCAGGGACCACCAUUACAAAGGGCGAGAACUGGGCUGGAGUCCUCACCACAAAGGUUAACGAGUCAUUGAUUCUCACCUGGGACUAUGCUGUCAGCGGACAACAAGUCACCGGAGUCGUAAAACAAAUUGGAGAACAGUUUAUUCCCACAGCAGGAAAACGGCCUUCAUGGUGUCCUUGGAAUGCUACGAACUCACUUUUCGUUACUUGGAUCGGUAUCAAUGAUAUCAACCGUGGAGUUAAUGGGGCCCGUAAUUUCUUGUUCCUAAACCUCCCUCCUUUCGACCGUGCACCAGGUGCGGGCUACAGUCAACAAGUCAAGGGCGAGAUCGCCAAAUGGAAUACUGCCCUUCCUACACACAUUGCAAACUUCACUGCGACUCACAAGGGUGCGACUGCAUUCUUAUAUGAUACACAAGUACUGUGGGACGAGUUUUACGCAAAGCCGGAUGCAUUCAACAUAACCAACCCUGAUACAAUUAAGGGAGGGCUGUGGUACGACGAGUAUCAUCCUUCCACAGAAAUCCAGAGAGUUAUUGGACAAAGGGUUGCCAAGUUCUUAAAGUCUAAAUCUCGCUAG